AUGACCUCGCCCAGCGACUCGGAGACGCAACAUGCGACAUCGACGAAUUUACGACGCGCCCACACGGUGGCUCAGGGAGGAAAUAUUGCGAGAAGGAAUAUGGAAACGCGGGCGGCAAGGGAGAGAGCAGUUACCUCGUUACUGCGGGUCAAGGAUAGUCACGAGCUGCUUCGGAGACGCUCGCUGACCCGAUCCAACACCCGGCGAGCACUGCGUGACACGCUUGCAGGUGUACGAGACGCAAAUCAUUUUACCGUGGGAAAUGUCGGACAGAAUGGGAAGAUAUUCUUGAGGCCCAUUCGAAAUCUGUCUCGAAAAGAAGCCCGCCCUUCCCCGACCUUGGCCUCGUCUUCCGCAAACAAACCUGCAGAGAAACAUCUACACCCGCACACACACGCGCAUGGUGGAAAUGAUCCGGCACGGUGGUCAAACUCGCAGCUCUCCGAGCUACGUCCAGGACAGGUCCCUGGGGAAGAUGCCGGUGAAGAAGACGACUCUGUCCUCGCGGACUCGUUACCCUCGGAGUACCCCCCGAAUCACCGUCAAAGAGCACAUUCGUUUUCCACCCUUUCCGAACAUCAGUCGGCGUGCGCCGCAAGAAGCCCCGGCGAGUUCCGUAUCGUCAUUGAUCGAUCGGAGGAUCGACCCAAGUCGGCGGAUGGUCUGCAUCGCCCGCCGACACUGGAGACUCACAUCCCUUCUUACCGACUGGGGACGCCGCAGUUUAACAACGAAGGAAGCGCCGCUCUACACAGCUCUGUCUACACCAGGACCUCCAUCUCUGACAAUUUCCGGGCGUCGAGAUUCUUACGAGAAAACAGUCCUCUUCCCAAUGUCUACCUCGACCCAUCACAGCCUGAUAGACCCUCGUUUGCUGCCUCCAUGUUUUCAGGGCCUAUUGCUAUAGAGAUUGGAGGAACACCUGGUAUCCCUGAGAAUCCGGUUGUGUACGAGUUGAAGGAACCGAUUGAGCCAUCGGUUUUUGAGGAGCUCAUGUCAGACAUGGAUGGUGGCUCGGUCGUUCGAUAUAUUCCCGGUACCAAGGACAUUAGCGCUGCCACUCCCGCGCGUAUUGUUGCGCAGAUCUCUUCCGAGUCCUUCAUGGAUUAUGAACUGGUGUCGGACUUUUUCCUCACCUUCCGCUGUUAUCUCUCCACAAACACCCUCCUUGCUCUUCUACUCGCUCGACUUCAAUGGGCCAUCAACCGCCUGCAGGACGAUGGAAGAAUCAUCCGUAUUCGCACCUUUGCGGCCCUCAGACACUGGAUCCUGAAUUACUUUGUCGAUGACUUUGUUAUAAACUAUGACCUGCGCUCGCAGUUCUGUGAGACCAUUAAUGCCAUGUAUGAUGAUGUCAAGGCCCGCGAAACAGGUGGAUUGAGUGAUUUGAAGAUCUUGAUCGAUCUGAAGCGAUGCUGGCAUGGAAAAUGCUCUCUUUAUUGGGAAUUUUCAGAUUUCCAUUCUGCAUAUCAAAAUCCGGACAACCCGAUUUCCCCUGGCGAGGUUCUAGGUAGUAUGGAUGGGGACAAUCGAUCCAGCACAGGGCGUUAUCAGAGCGUCGCUCACUCGGAUUUGGCUGCAAACACAGGCUAUGGAACUCACCGGGCUGAUCCCAGUGAGAUCGAGCGUCUUCCUCAUACAGUGCACCAUGAUCGAAAUGGCUCAUCUGCAACAGCAAAAAGCAUACCGGCUUCCACGAAGAGUGAGCAGAGUUUCCAUGCAACUUCGUGUUCCUUACCCCCCAAGUCACCCAAGCGCCUUUCAAUGCCUUUUCCUAAGGGCAAGGCCCCUCAUCCGGUUCCUCUCAUUCCGGCCAAAUAUGCUUCUGCCUCGCAAGAGUCCUCUCCUGUAUCGCCGGCUCUUUCCAAGCGCCACCCUUUUCAUACGCAUGCUCACAAGCGCAGUGGAAGCUUUUCUGACUCUGUACGAGAUGGUCGAGCUCCCCUCUCCCUGCAGAAGAUGGAUCAGCUAGGCAUUUCUUCCUCACAGGAACUAUUAAACCCGGGAAGCUUGAUACGGGGUGAAUUGUACGCUCCGGCGGAGUCUUAUAUGACAAUGAUGGCACCUCCUUCGCCCCCUCUUCCUUCAUCUUCGAGUAAUGCUGGAUCGGAUCGUCGAAAUACUUCCGACGGGACUUCCAAGCCAACUUCGGCCCAUUCUGGGGUAAAAACUAUCAUUGGGUCUAUCCGCAGAGCUCUGAACAGUAGGAGUGGUGGGAGUACAUCCCAGCGUACUGGAAAUGGAUUCCCGGGCCAGUCGUUGCGCGGGAAAACGUCAGCUAUGCCUACUAACGUUGCUUUUGGGUCGGACCUUUAUCGGGACCGAAAAAACACGGCCAUGGCCAGGAGACCGGUUCGACUUGACGUUUUGUGUGAUGAAGUUUUGAAGCACUAUCGAAAUGCCUUUGCUCCUUAUGACGGCUCCAAGGGUGAUCCGCCCCAGACGGCCAGCACUUUCCGGUUCCAAGCAACCUUGCAGGAACCUGAGAAUGCUCCCCGCCAGACACUUGCUCCAGAUGGAGGAACUGCAAGAACUGCAAGAAGCGAACUGACCAUGGGAAGUGAAUCGAUUGUCAUUGUAGAUGACACUGGGUUCGACUUUGCGACAAUGACAGGCGGGGCUAUGCCAGGUGCAGGCCUUGAACAGGCCCCUACCUUCUUGAAUACGGAAGAUUCGCCCACGACGCCGAAGCCUUUUUCAUUUGGUUUCUCUUCUAAAAACUCGUCUCGCGCGGACGAUGAGUAUUCCUUGCCGAUCUACUACGAUGAUACUGGAUCUGGGGUGCCGAGUCGCUUAUCUAAAUUCCUACGUCCAUCGGGGACCUCCGAUUCAAGAAGAUCAUACUCCGUUGAGAGGGGUUCGGCGUCCCGAAACGGGACACCACCAUCGCUUCGUCUUCGCAAAUAUGCGUCAUUCCAGAGUGGAGUUUCGAAGAGCCGCCUUUCGAUGGGUAGUGAAGUGCCACCGGCCACUGCCGAUUCGAAUACUUCCCAACGCAACUCGGAAAAGCCUGUCGGACCAAUUCUCCGCAGGCGCCCUGGAGGAGAUCUGCGCAAGAUGCAGACUGGUGUUGAGCCUAGAUCGUACAAUAGCUCAGGAUCGUUCAGGUCACACGCCUCGUACUACAGCUCGAUGGCUGACAGCACAGCAUCUGCGCCGGGAGACCAGGCUUCAAGACCUCAGACUAGCCUUGUUCCUCCUAACCCGCGUUUCUCUCUUAUCCAUACCCAUUCUCAGCAAAACAUGAGGCGUUCCUUUGAGGCUGCAAUCGCGCAAUUUGCUCAGAUUCCGGAUGAUGGCGAUGGAGGCAUUGAAUCGACUUUGCUUAAGCUUGAAGGCAAGUGGGACGGCCAGCCAGGCGCUGCUGUGCCAAAAAGGUUACAGCCUUCCGCUUAUGGACGGAAUGGCACACGCGGCUUCGACCCCAGUAACCCUGCGAGCGGUGGUCUGCUUUCGCGGAGACACCAAACCCUUCUUGGUGACAGUUUGACGUACUCGCAAAUCGGCGGACGUUUAUUGCCUCAACGGCCCUAUUCGGACUCCGUUGCCGAAUCAGAGGAUUCGUAUAGUUCUAUUCCACUCCUUGAACGGGGACUGAGCGAUGAAUCUAUGAAGAAGCCUGCGUUGGCCCGGAUCACUUCGGUACCCGCUGCGUCUCGUACUCAUCUGAACGACAUCGCACGCCGAGAUACCUCUGACAUGGGAUCUUCACGCCAGUCAUUUGACAUUGUGAAAGAAACCGAGAGCCUGAGACGGAUUCCGCGAGGCUCCACACUCCCGGUAUCUACCCCCAGAGCCUCUCGCGAUAGGAAGGGCCGUUUUUCAGGGCUGUCCUCCCAAUUGUCGGCCGACGUUGCUGACCGGCGUGAGGUUAUCGACCAGAGGCAGUCGAUUGGUUCAAGCAGUUUGGCCGAGUCAGCGGUUGAGAUCCCGCCUCAUCCCCUUGCCCAUCCUCCCUCCCCUCCGAUGUCUAUACAGAACCCUCGCUCUAUCACCUCUUGUGCCACCCCUUUGAAUCCGGUACUCUUCCAAGCGCAGCCGCCUACACCUGAUCCUUCCCCCAGGCGAAAUGUCGGACACGAGCAUGCUCGAUCCAUCAACAUGCAGCAGGCCUCGGGUGAUGUGCUGUCGAAAUCAGAGACGGAUCGCCAAAACCAGCAGGGUGUCAAUGGACCCAGCCCCGAUCAUGUGCCGUUUAUUCUUUCCUGCGAAUCGCACGUCCUUGCCCAGCAGCUAACAUUGGUGGAGAUGGCGGCAUUGAGCGAAGUGGACUGGCGUGAUCUGGUGGACAUGAGAUGGAGCAGUGGUUCGCCAUCAAUGUUGAAUUGGGUGCAAUUCUUGUCCGAAGAGGAUCACCGCGGCAUUGAUCUGGUCGUGGGGCGAUUUAACCUGAUGGUGAAGUGGGUAUUGUCGGAAAUUGUCCUUACUCAAGACAUACACGAACGGGCUCGCACGAUUUCAAAGUUCAUCCAUACUGCUGCCCAUGCUAAGCGGAUCUGCAACUAUGCCACCAUGCUGCAAAUCGCCAUUGCUCUGUCUUCGACGGAUUGCUCCAGGCUUCAGAAAACAUGGACCCUCGUGCCACAGGAAGAUCGACGUGUCUUGAAAGACAUGGAGUCUUUAAUCCAGCCAGUUCGCAACUUCCACGAUCUACGUGUUGAGAUGGAGACAGCCAAUCUGCAGGAUGGCUGUAUACCCUUUGUUGGUCUCUAUGUUCAUGAUCUGACCUAUAAUGCACAGAAGCCAGCGCAAAUCUCCAACACUGAGGGAGAGCCGCUGGUGAAUUUUGAGCGAUAUCGCACGGCAGCUCGAAUUGUUAAGAAUCUCCUUCGAUUGAUUGAUGCCAGCACGAAAUACAACUUCCAACCUGUCCAAGGCAUCAUUGAGCGGUGUCUUUGGAUCGCAUCGCUCUCGGAAGAGCAGAUACAGACCAGAAGUAAAAUUCUGGAUUGA